GGCCAAACUCUGGCCUGGGAGGCUGCUGAGCCCCGGAGGCCCCCAGCUUCGGGAGUGCCAUGGGGCAGCUGAUAGCUAAACUGAUGCGAAUCUUUGGGAGCCAGGAGCACAAAGUCAUCAUCGUGGGACUGGACAAUGCAGGAAAGACCACCAUUCUCUACCAGUUCCUGACCAAUGAGGUUGUUCACACCUGCUCCACCAUUGGGAGCAACGUGGAAGAAAUCGUUUUUCAGAAGACCCACUUCCUCAUGUGGGACCUAGGGGGCCAGGAGGCGCUUCGCUCCACCUGGGACACUUACUACACUGAUGCUGAGUUUGUCAUCCUUGUGAUAGACAGUACAGACCGGAACCGGCUGUUGACCACCCGGGAGGAGCUGUAUAAGAUGCUGGCCCAUGAGGCACUUCAAGAUGCUUCAGUGCUGAUCUUUGCCAACAAGCAAGAUGUGAAAGACUCCAUAACCACAGCAGAGAUCUCCCAAUUCCUCACACUCAGUGCCAUCAAAGACCACCCAUGGCAUAUCCAGGGCUGUUGUGCCCUCACAGGAGAAGGGCUGCCAGCUGGGCUCCAGUGGAUGCAAUCUCAGGCCACCACCAACUGAUGUCCCAGCCCGAGGCCAACCAGAAACCACAUGGUUAGCACCAGUGAGAAACACCAGUCAUUUGUUGGUGGAAAGAGGGUGGCUGGGGACAAAGAGAUUACUAUAGUCCUCUCAGCUGUCACUGAGAGCUGGAUCAAAGACUUCAAGUUGCUGCAGACAGGACUCCAGAUGAAACUGUCCGCCCACGCCAUCACUGCUGGUGUGAAGAGAGACACCAGGGAACUUGCUCCGGGGUACUGGGGGCAUCAGGUCUCUCCCAGCCCUCACCUUCUGUCUGCCCGGCAAGCAAGAGAUUUUUGACAUUGUUCCAUAUUCACUGGACAUAGGAGAUUCCGAUAAAGAAGGCAAUAGGACCUGGCCAGAAG